AGUGUCUGUGUGUGUGUGUGUGUGUGUGUGUGUGUGUGUGUGUGUGUGUGUGUGUGUGUGUGUGUGUGUGUGUGUGUGUGUGCUUGAAAUCAAAGCAAAAGAAUGCUUGUGUCUUUGUAUCAAAGCAAAAUAGAACCUCCAUUUUAUUAUAGCAGGUCUACAUUAAGUCCAAGUUAACAGGGCAACAUUUCUUCAGCUCUCUCAACUCUGAGCUCUUCACAGAGCUUCAGGCCUAAAGAGAAGCUGCACCAGCCUCUGAUCUUCUGGUUGUGACUGUAGUCUCAGAGAAGAAGCAGUGUGAGCAGGAGUCCAUGAGAAGUUCACUGCUGCGUUCCAGAUGAGAAAGCAGAUCAACCUUCUUCAAGAAACACUGGACAGGAUCAGGGUUUCACUCCAUGAUAUCAGUCAGUGGUAUCAAAGUGAAAUCAUCACUGUGAGACAGCAUGCUGAUCCUCUUCAGCAAGAGCUUGAGAGGGAAGUCAAGUCUCACGCAGACACAGUAUCGAACAACUUGCAGAUGCUGUUCAGCUUGCAGAUGAUGUUCAGCUCUCUCUCAACUCUGAGCUGCUGAACUUCUGAUUGUGACUCAAGUCCCAGAGGAGAAGCAGUGUGAUUAGCUCCCAAACAGACUAAAAAUAUCUGUCUGCAAAAGAGCCGUCACUUUCUGGGGCUGAGGAAACUGAGCUUGAGAGACACUGUAGUCCCCGAGGGGAAGCAGUGUGAUCAGGAGUCCAUUGCUACAGCACCGGCCUCUGAACUUCUUGACUUGCUUCAAGCCUCUAAGGAGAAUUUCUCAAAUAAAGUAGUUUGUGUCCCACUCAUUUCAUCAUGGAAAACAUUGGAAAUGACGACUGGCACAAUCUACAUCUUCUUGACAAUUGUAUGUAAACUUUUGACAGAGACUGCAUAUGUACACUGAAUAUCAACACUUUCACAUAUCAAAGUUUAAAGGAAUUCAAAAAUAAGACUUUUGGGGAAAAUCUACAGUCAAAACAACCCAAAAAGCCACUUUUAAAAAGGUCUGUUGCACUCAGUUUCUAAUGCAGCACCAAAUAACUUCUAAAUGUGACAUAACUACAUUUCUACAACCACCAGAACCAACGUUAGGUUGCAAGAAAAUGACAACUAGUGGAGAUAUUCAUUUUUGAAAAAGGCAGAUUUUUCAUUAUGGUUUUAAAAAAACUUCCUGUUAUUAAUUUGAUUAUUUUAACCAUUCAACAAAAACUAUUUAAAUGUAAAAAAUGUUGUCAAAAAGAUUCUGGUUUUCAAAAAGUAUGUGUAUGUGAGUGUGUGUGUGUGUCUGUGUGUGUGUGUGUGUGUGUGUGUGUGCUUGAAAUCAAAGCAAAAGAAUGCUUGUGUCUUUGUAUCAAAGCAAAAUAGAACCUCCAUUUUAUUAUAGCAGGUCUACAUUAAGUCCAAGUUAACAGGGCAACAUUUCUUCAGCUCUCUCAACUCUGAGCUCUUCACAGAGCUUCGGGGGGCCAUGGGGGAUGUCCCCCCACCUGUGGUUCUUAUGACACCUGGAGGUGAGGUUUGCCCCGGGCGUCAUGAAAGCUUGGACCGCCACUGGAGACAUGUGUUAGUUAAACCCCUCACUGAACUCCACCUGCAGUAUAAUUCUGAAGUGCAAAAGUCUCACAGGCUGUCUUAUUGGUAGUUUGUUUGAUAUUGUCCAUUUUUUGGAAGGCAGCCAAAAUGAUCAGACCCGAGUACAUGUGCGUGCUUAGAGCAUGAGAAUGUCAAACUCUUGACAGAAAAACUGCACCAAAAAGGUCUCCUGAAAUUACCAGCAUGUCUCAGCUGAGUCGAAUGUAAAUCACUGAUGAUCUGCACGCCAUGGAUGUUUUCUGUCAUGAGGCAAAUCAUGCAACAAAUGCAGCGUUUCAUCAUAAUUUUUUUGGUUACUAUAUCCCCCAAAUGUCAUACUUUUCUCACUAUCAUCAACCUCAGUCUUAACAUUUCAACAAAAUGUGUCAAGUCACGUUCACAUUACAUGUUAAUGAGUAGACUGUCAUGUCGGGUGAAGGGGAUUGUUGAAAGUGGUGGUAUUUAGAUUGUAGAAGGCUACCAAGUCAGUAACUGCAGCUUGAAACUGAGCUUCAACAUUUGUAAGUGUGAAACCACUGGAUAUUUUUGAUGACCACAGCUUUUGAACAUUGGUACAGUAAAGACACCACUUUGUAGUUUGGAGUAGCUCCUAGUUCAACUAUGUUUCCCUUUAGCAGAGGUAGCGUUUCUAUUUUCAAAAUAUGUUAAAUGUCGCACCCCCACCUGCACAGAUUCAUCACCUCAGCAUCAUCUGAUUCAGGAGAGAAUCAACAAGUUGCCUGUUUGAUGGCAGAGACCACAGCGAGAGAGAGUGAGACCGAAAGCUUGGCUUUGUCCCAAAAGAUGCAGCUUAUUUUCAAAAUAUUGUCAACUUUUCAGGGGCAAGUUUUUUCCACUGAUUAGAAAUUAUUGCCUUUUUGCACAUGCAGCCUCACUCUACAGGUGCACCGUGCUGGUUUGCCCCCAAAAAAACUAUACCCAGGUGUUUUUGAUUAAGCUGCAUACGUUGUGAUGACAGUCCAUGUGUCUGGGAUUUUAAACCUGCAAAAGCUUUUUUUUGUCCACUUAGGGGCAUUAGAUACAAGUUGUGAACACAACAAUGACACAUUAUAACACUGUCUGUUCAGUUUAUAUAGUGAACAUGUUUGCAAGCUCUUGCAGAGCAAAAUUGGAUUGUCCGAUGCUCACCCUCUUUGCACUGUUGCUGCCAGCUCCUAUGGCAAGACUGUCUCUUUUGCUGCUAAACGAGCUAGCUAGCUAGCCUCUGCCUGUGUUUGGUGCUGCUGCUGGUAGUUAUUUACUGCUCUUUGUAUAAAAGUGAGCCCAUGAGAACAAUGACAGCGAACAUAAACAUGUAAAACAAAGGGUAGUACAAUUUACAAUUAAUUCCAUUUUGUAUGUUUCUUCUCAUAUCCAAAUGAAUGAAAUAAGUUUCAUAUUUCUCUCUGUCAAGUUCACUAUUACACUGUUCAAGACAACAUAAGAUAAGAAGACUGAUGUCAGGCUUAACCCAGUUUAGUGCCAACGAUAACUGUCAGGAGGGGGAGUUCCUUCCAUGCAGCACUGCCUUGAAGUCUGCGUUUGGGGCGCAAAACACCAUCAAGCUACUGGGAGACACAGUAAUGGAUUUUCACUUCGUCCUGUCCCAAUCCCAUGACAGAGUAAAACAAUGAAUCUGCUCCAGUGGAUGUGAUGUGAUAUAGUAUAUCGUGUUGGGGAGUCGUGAACUACAUGUAGGCUAGUUAAACAUUUUGCAGUUUCAAAACUGACAAGACAACAGGCCCCUUUUUUAUUUCCUUAUUUAGACUUUCAUUGUUUUAAUGUGUUAUUUAUUAACAAAUGUUAUUUCAUUUUUAGAUAUUUUUAUUUUAUUUAUGUAUGAACUGUGAGGAAAGAAACGGUGCUUAUAGUUUUAUUGCAGUGAACUGGCAAUUUCAUUUGCUAUAAUUUUAUGUCAUAUUUUCAUUGUCAAUUUGUGAGUAAUUUGAAUUUUUUUUUCUAAAUGGCUUUGGUUAACCAAAGUAGAUUUAUCCCUGGAGUAACUUUGCUGUAACUUCUUCCCGUAAUAAAGUAAUGGUAGUUUGGAAAGCUAUACUUUCAAAGUAGCUUCACCAGAAUGAAGGAGCACUCCUGCAGUGAAUCACACAUGAUUGGCAUGACCAGGUGGAAUGAAUGUAAAAUAAAGCCAUUGGACAUGGCAGAUUCUCAAAUGCAAGGAGCGAAAGCAAGAAAGAGGCAGAAGAACAAAGAGAUCAUCUUCCGAUUAAAAGAGAUCACAGUCUGCCUAGCAGGACAAGGCUUGACAUUCAGGGGUAGAGAUGAAAGCUGGCUAAAUUCAAACAGACGAAAUGUUCUGCAUCUGGUGGAUUUGCAAGCCCAGUAUGAUAGUGCCCUCAAGCUUCAUCUUGAUGUAAUCAAGGAAAAACAAGCGUCAAAUAAAAACCCCCCAAGUGUCUCUCCUUUCUAACAGAACACAGAGUGACCUUAUUAGAGCACUCAGUAUUCAUGCUAAAAGAUUGAUGAGACCACUGAUGUGUCGCACAUUGAGCAAGUGUUGUUUGUUGUUCGCUAUGUGCAUGACAUGACCAUAAAGGAGCACUUCCUCCAGCUCUGUGAUGUACAGUCAACAACCGGUGAAUCACUUAAAAUUUUUAUCCUGCUAAAAUCCUGAAAAAUCCUGCUAAACUACAUACAUUUUGAAUUCCUCAACAACACCGGUUUUCCUGGAAACAUCAAUUGCUGCGAACGCUCUCCAACAGAAAGACCUAGACCUGGCAGGUGCUUACACUGUUGUUGAUGGUGUCCAGAGGCGAGUGAAGGAGAAAAUUUAAGUACAGCUUCACCUCGGUAACUGAGGACUACCAUGUCCAGACACUGGAGGAGUACUACAGGGGAAAGCUGUACUACACCUUCCUGGACACAUUAAGGCAGGAGCUUGAGAGGUGGUUCAGAGGUGAGGGACAAACCAUUAGUGAUGUCCUUAUGCUUUACUGGAGUCUUUCCAUUUUCUGCCAAUUCAUACCUCCACUCCACUACAUGUUGUUGUACUAUCACGACUGAACUUUUUACUCCACUGCACUUGAUAUCUUUAGUUACCAAGCUACUUUGCAGAUUGCAUGCUGAACCAGAACCAAAGCAGCACACUUCUAAAUUAUUUUAUUUCAUCAGCAAACUGGUCUGAAUUGCACAAUGAAAAUAAUGUAUGACUAUUGAUCAACUGAUCCAAACUUUAAAACAUUUAUCUUUAGGAGCGUAAGUUGUAAUAAUAUUGGCAGUUUUGUUGAUUCAUCACAAUAAAGAGUGACUGCUUUCUUCAUUCUUUAUGAUUUUCAGUAACCUUGAGCACCACCUUCUCAUGUCCACUUGCUGCAGAGCCCCUGCUGUGCAGCACAUCCUGCUCCCCUCACUCACAGAAAGUUUUCCCUGGAAAGUUCCUACUGUCAGGGACCACUGGGCAAAAAAAAAAAAAUUGAAUGUAAUCAAACCCAGAAUUUAAUCCAGCCGGGACAGUCACUGGCAGAGGCUGCACCUCUCCAGGCUGCACUGCCUGAGGAAAAGUUACAGAUGCUCAUUUCUGUACCUAAUACAGUGCUGCACAUUGCUCAUGGUUGGAAUGUCAUUCUAAAAUUAAUGAAAGUAGAUUGUAGAUUAUCACAAACAGCUUCCUCAGCCAGUCAAGACAACUGAAGCAGCAUUUUUUUUCAGCACAUGCUAUACCAGUAAAACUCCACCCACUGCUGGGUCUGAUACUGAAUCGUGUAACACUAACGUGUCCGGGAGACCAUCAUCUUGGACACAGGCUGGGGGGCACCAGAGCGACAGUGAUCAGGGUUUUUCUUAGACAAAACAGAGAGAAAUCAAGAACAGUGUUAAGGCUGUUAUCUAUGUUGCGUUUUAGUGACUUUGAAACAUGCAGAUGCGGUUAUCCUGCAGGUAUCAACGUGACAUAAAACUGAAACCUUACUACGGAAGUGCGUAAAAGUUUAUUUUUAUGACGUCGGAACGUGGCCCUUCACGGGACUAUCUUGGCCGGCCCCUCGCUGUUCUCUGCCCCCGCCUCAUCCUCAAGAGGAUCAUCAGUGCCCAGGUCGGAUGCUGGCGCGGACCCGAUGAUUCAUACUUCGCCACCGGAGCAGUCUUGAUUUUGCGAAGGCCACCCGAAAUUCAGAAGGAAGAGUGGGGAAAUGACAGAGGAUGAGCCGAAAGUUUAUCUGGAAGCCAGCGACCUUUGGAGACGGUUCCACAAAUUCGGUACUGAGAUGGUCAUCACAAAAUCUGGAAGGCGCAUGUUUCCGCCGCUCAGGGCCAGGUGCGUCGGGAUGGACAGGAAAGCCAAAUACUUUCUUCUUUUAGACAUCGUGGCGACUGACGACCGCAGAUACAAGUUUCAUAACUCCCGCUGGAUGGUGGCGGGGAAGGCGGACCCGGAGAUGCCCAAACGAAUGUACAUCCACCCGGACAGUCCGGCCAUGGGCGAGCAGUGGAUGUCCAAAGUGGUCAACUUCCACAAGCUGAAACUGACCAACAAUAUAUCGGAUAAGCAUGGAUUUACAAUUCUCAACUCGAUGCACAAAUACCAGCCAAGGUUUCAUAUAGUGAUGGCAAAUGACAUCCUGAAACUUCCUUACAGCACUUUUAGGACAUAUGUCUUCUCUGAGACUGAAUUCAUCGCAGUAACAGCUUACCAAAAUGAUAAAAUUACACAGUUGAAAAUUGACAACAAUCCUUUCGCGAAGGGAUUUCGAGACACAGGCAACGGAAGACGAGAAAAGAGGAAACUACAACAUUCAUCACAGAAGUGUAAAGAGAUGAGGAUGACAUCUGCACAACAUUCGUACAACUCAACAUAUUCAGAUGUUCAUGAAAGCGACGGUGACAAAGGAGACCACGUUGAGGACACCCCAACAGAGACUGACAUGGUUUCCACAACAGAAAGGACAGUAAAGACUCCAGCUGUGACACAGAAACAAAUGGAGUCCGUACAAAGCUACGUCACCAGUACAUUAAAUGAUGGAGCGGAGACGGAACAACAGUGCAAAUCAUGCAGUGAUUUUUCAUGCAGCUGUGUUUAUCCACCGGAAUUACACAAACAUCUGCGGGAUCCAAGUAUCCCUGACGGUGUUUUCCACUCUACCCAGGUAAACACCUGGAACAGCUGUGCCACCAUGGACAGAGCAGUGCAGUGGGGAAUGAGCCUGGCAGCACCUGUCAGACCUUCAGGAAGUCCAGGGUUUCCCAUCAGCCUUCGACAGCACCCACUGGACCUGGUGAGCCUUUCACACCUCGGAGGCUUUCUGUUGUAUCCCUACAGCUUCUCUGCAGUGUCAGCUCAGUGCCUGGUCCCAGCAGUGCGGCCUAGAGUGGAUUUCAGAGCCCAUCCAGGCGUCCACAGUCAGGACUACUUCACCUCUUCCGUGAUAUCUUCAUCUGUUCCCUCUGUGGGUAGAAGUGGAUUGAAAUAUCUCGCCCCUGAUUUGCUAAUUCUACCCAAGGCAGACCAGAAGCAUGAAGCUGAAAUCAUGUAGUCACAAACAGAGUGAAAUUACUGACUUGAAAACUGUCACUGCUGCUGUAAAAUGUCCCUGCAUGUGGUCUGCCCACUUCCACGUAGACUUCAAAGGCUGUUGUCUUGUGGGAAUGACACUAAACUUAUUUCAAAAUGAAAAUAGUCUCCCACAUCUGCAUCUUGGUGACAAAAUGAUUUAGGACUAUUUCAACAUGUCACUUAGUUUAAGAAUAAUGCUUGGUGGAUUAUUAGGAUGCUGAAUUAACAGAAUUCAUAGAUUCAGAAAAUCUCUUUCCUUUGAACCCAUAAAAUUAAACUGACAGAUUUAUCAAUACAUGAAACUACAAAAAAA